AUGGAAGGGCAAUUCAACUUUCCAAAAGAAGAGGAGAAAAUCCUCGAAUUCUGGAAGAAAAUUGACGCUUUUAAUACACAAAUAAAUUUAUCCAAGGGUAAACCACCCUAUUCGUUCUACGAUGGUCCUCCAUUUGCAACUGGGCUUCCGCAUUAUGGACAUUUGUUGGCCGGUACUAUCAAGGAUAUUGUGACUCGUUAUGCAACUCAGAAUGGUUAUUACGUUGAACGUCGAUUCGGUUGGGAUUGUCAUGGCUUACCUGUUGAAUAUGAAAUUGAUAAAAAAUUAAAUAUUAAGUGUAAGGAUGACGUUUUAGCAUUAGGAAUUGACAAAUACAAUGAAGAAUGUAAAAGCAUUGUUAUGCGAUAUUCAGGAGCUUGGCGAGAAACUGUAGAACGUAUUGGCCGUUGGAUUGAUUUUGAUAAUGAUUAUAAAACUUUAAACACCUCUUUUAUGGAAAGCGUCUGGUGGGUGUUCAAAGAAUUAUAUAAAAAAGAUCAAGUUUACCGUGGUGUAAGGAUAAUGCCAUAUUCUACUGCGUGUACGACUCCAAUUUCAAAUUUUGAGGCUGCUCAAAAUUAUAAAGAUGUUAAUGACCCAGCUAUUGUCAUCUCUUUUCCUUUGGUCAAUGAACCGGACGUGCUUCUUUUAGCAUGGACGACAACACCAUGGACGUUACCUAGUAAUUUAGCUCUCUGUACCCAUCCUGAUUUUGAAUAUAUUAAGAUUAAGGACGAAAAUUCUGGGAAGAUCUAUAUUCUUCUGGAGAAGUGUUUAAAUACUUUAUAUAAAGAUCUCAAGAAGGCAAAAUAUGUCAUAUUGCAAAAAUUCCUAGGAAAAGAUAUGAAAGGAUGGGAAUACAUCCCUUUAUUCGAAUAUUUCGUUCCUCAGUUUAAAGGUAAAGGAUUCAUCGUAUUAAAUGACACAUAUGUCACUGAUGACAGUGGUACCGGAAUUGUUCACCAAGCACCAGCUUUUGGUGAAGAUGAUUAUCGUAUAUGCCUCAAAAACAAUAUUAUUACGGAAGAUGGUUUUCUUCCUUGUCCUGUCGACGAACAAGGUUUAUUCACUUCGGAAGUAACUGACUUCGCUAAAAUGCAUGUCAAGGAUGCCGAUAAGAAUAUUCAAAAACUUUUAAAACAAAAUAAUCGAUUAAUAGUACAAUCUCAAGUUAAUCAUAGUUAUCCUUUUUGUUGGCGCUCAGAUACUCCAUUAAUAUAUAAAGCUGUUCCAUCGUGGUUUGUUCGCAUUAAACCCAUCAUCCCUCAAUUAUUAAAAAACAAUCAAGAAACUUACUGGGUUCCUGAGUUCGUCAAAGAAAAAAGGUUUGCAAAUUGGAUUAUAAAUGCCCGAGAUUGGAAUAUUUCUCGUAAUCGAUAUUGGGGCACGCCAAUUCCACUAUGGGUUAGUGAUGAUUAUGAAGAGAUUGUUUGUGUUGGUUCUUUGGCAGAACUAGAGGAAUUGUCCGGUUGUGAUAAAUUAACAGAUAUUCAUCGUGACAAAAUUGAUCAUAUUACCAUUCCUUCAAAAAAAGGAAAGGGCUCAUUAAAAAGAGUGGAAGAGAUCUUUGACUGUUGGUUUGAAUCUGGAAGUAUGCCGUAUGCACAAUGUCAUUACCCUUUUGAAAAUAAAGAAAAAUUUGAAGCCUCUUUUCCUGCUGAUUUUAUUGCCGAAGGGCUCGAUCAGACAAGAGGAUGGUUCUAUACUCUCAUGGUCUUAUCUACACAUCUAUUUGAUAAACCAGCCUUCAAAAAUCUAAUAACAAAUGGUCUGGUAUUAGCAUCAGAUGGUAAGAAAAUGAGCAAACGCCUGAAGAACUAUCCUGAGCCUCAAACUAUCAUUAACGCGUAUGGUGCUGAUGCUUUGAGAUUAUACCUUGUUAAUUCUCCAGUCGUACGCGCUGAGCCAUUGAGAUACAAAGAAGAAGGUGUCAAGGAGAUUAUUUCCAAAGUGUUUCUACCUUGGUACAAUGCAUAUCGUUUCUUUGACUCGCAAGUUGUAUUGUUAAAGAAGGAUACUAAAAUAGAAUUUAAAUACAAUCCAUUGGCAAAGAAAUCUGAAAAUGUUAUGGAUAGGUGGAUAUUAGCAUGUACUCAAAGUCUUAUAAAGUUUGUACGUGAGGAAAUGGGAGCCUAUAGAUUGUACACUGUUGUCCCGAGAUUAUUAAAUCUCAUUGAACAAUUAACUAACGGUUAUGUUAGAUUUAACCGCAAGCGGCUGAAGGGCGAAAAUGGUCCAGAAGAUACCAUAAAUGCAUUAAAUACGUUAUUUGAAGUCUUGUUAACACUAUGCCGUGUUAUGGCUUCCUUCACCCCUUUCCUCACGGAGCAUAUUUACCAAAACUUAAAAAAAUAUCUACCACCAUCUGAUUCCAAUGAAGAUGAUCGUUCUAUUCACUUUUUACCUUUCCCAGAAGUGAGGAAUGAAUAUUUUGACUCUGAAAUUGAACGUCGUAUGUCACGUAUGCAGGCAGUUAUUGAUUUGGGUCGAAUUAUUCGUGAAAAAAAAAAUAUUGGAUUAAAGACACCUUUGAAAGAGCUUAUCGUAAUACAUUCGGAUUCACAAUAUCUUUCAGAUGUUACGUCACUUGAGAAUUAUAUCGUUGAAGAAUUAAAUAUCAAAAAUCUUCUUGCUACAUCGGAUGAAAGUAAAUAUGGCAUAAAAUACCGAGCAGAGGCUGAUUGGAAAGUGUUAGGUCAAAAACUUAAAAAAGAUGCUGUUAAAGUAAAGAAUGCUUUACCCACAUUGACUUCUGAGCAAGUCAAAGAUUUCGUACACACUAAAGAGAUUUUGAUUGAUGGAAUUAAAGUGGUCGAAGAAGACCUUCAAGUAGUAAGAUAUUUCGAGGAUGCUAACAGCCAUUAUGAAACGAGUACUGAUAAGGACGUUCUUAUACUUUUGGAUGUCAAAAUAUAUAAUGAUUUACAAGAGGAAGGAUUGGCUCGUGAGGUUGUGAAUCGUGUUCAGAGAUUGCGAAAAAAGGCGGGAUUACAGCCUACAGAUCCGGUAUUAACAUAUUAUAAAUUUACUAAAGAUGCCAAUAAUCAAGUAGAAACCAUCAUUAAGACGCAAAAUGAGAUUAUUGUCAAGAUUUUAAAACGACCGUUAUUACCAAUGACGGACAAAAUUGAUGGAGCUGAAGUUAUCAUUGAGGAAGUUCAAGAG